CAGUUUCUGUUCGAUGUGAGAUCCCUACAUUUCAUAACAACACGUCCGAAAGAUAGAUAGACUUCUCGUUACGGAGUUAUGGACAUCAUUGGUCAGCGACAUCAUUGAAGUUAAUAAGGCUCUGUGAUCCAGGUAAACAUAGAAUAAAGUUAAUGGACACGCACGUAAAACGAGGAGAAGUCUACUUACAGCACCAGAAACAUGACGAGAAGUGGAGGAGGAUGUGGCUGGUGCUGUACCCCUCCAGCCGGCGGGGAGUGGCCCGACUGGAGAUGUCGGACGCGGACGGCGGUGGCGAUAAGCUGUCAGCGGUGGUGCGAUCCAGGCACCCAGAGCGACGCGUGGUGCGGCUGGCCGAAUGUGUGAGUGUGGUGCAGCUGCCCCCCCACGCCGAGGCUUGCCCCGGAGACAACAUGGCCGCUUUCUGUGUGGAGACAGGGGAACGCCGGCUGGUGUUUGCCGCUGAGAGGGACAGCUGUGCCGACUGGGUGGAGAGGAUGUGCCAGAUUGCCUUCCCGAUGGACACUGGAAAUGGAGAUGUCCAGAAUCAGAAGCUUCAGAUGGAAGAAAAUCAAAUCUACGUUUCCACAGAUGAGAUAUCUGAGUUCAGAGUGAACGUCCAGACAACUGAGGCAUCUGCUCGUUGUGGCCUAAAGGGGGCGUACUGGCUCCAGGCUGGUGCAGAGUGUCUGGUGCUCAAGGAUCUGGAGAGCCACAGGACAGUGCUGGAGUGGCCCUACAACCUGUUGCGUCGUUACGGUAGAGACAAGAUGGUCUUUUUGAUAGAAGCUGGCCGGCGCUGUGAGUCGGGUCCAGGAGCGUUCACCUUUGAGACCCGGCAGGGAGACGACAUCUUCAGCCGCAUUGAGACAGCAGUGCAGGAGCAGAGGUCCAGUGCUCUGGCAGGAGUCAAGCGUAGGCCCAACUCACCCCUGCCCAGCAUACCCAACAGUGCCGCCGCCGCCCUGGCUGGGGUGUCAAGCGACUCCAGCUCCAGGGUUGUGUCCAAUUCAAUUAACAGUGUUGGGGCGGGCGAGCCAAUUUAUACGGAUCCAGCCACCGUGAUCAGCUUCUCCAAGCCCAUGUUGUCAAAUGCCUUAGAACCCCCCGACUCACCUGAGAUAGUGUAUGCUGAGCCAAUGGAUGCCAUCAUAACUCCUUACCCCAUGAGACCAGACCAACCCUCCGCCCCUCCUCCCACCAUUGUCCUCAGCGAGACCUCCGAGCCGGUGUACUCCAGCCCUGUGAACUGUGUGUGCCCGCCCCUGGACCCUGAUCGCUGUGAUGAUGAUGCUGAGCCAGUGUACUCUGAGGUUUCCGAUAAGAUGCCUGACGUUGCAUUUCCACUCCAAAGCCAGCCGGAGGCAGUGUACAGCGAGCCACACAAGGCUGCAAACCCAGAAACAGAUGUGUCACAAAGUGGUGUCAGAGGCGGGCUGACAGAGAACAAGCCAAUGGAUGACCCUUCAGCCUUGUACAGCAAAGUCAACAAACCCCCAAAGCUUCCUAAGACCCUUAGUGUCCAGGUUAACAAACCACCAAAACUUUCCCAAACCAGACAUAGACUACCCCACCAUGGACAACCUACCCCAGAUAUAGUCUAUGAGGACCUGGGGCUUAUUUGAAAUCACAUUCCAGCCUAAACUUAUACUGGUGAUGAUGACCCAUGCCUUUCAACAUUUCAUCUGGCCUAUAGGUUUCUGGACUGUUUCAAACAUGUGUGGGCCAUUUGCUAUGCAGAAAAUGUUAUUUUCAUUGUUGACAUGACACCGGUGCACAUGAGACACAUGGGCUCAUACUAUUGACAAACAGUGUAACAGAUAGCACAAUACGCCAAAUUAUUCCAUUAUAUUUUUUAAUAACAAAUGUACCUGCUAAUAUAAUGUAAUGUUUAUUUGCCACUAAGACAGUAUUCAUAAAGCACAUUAGAGUAGAAUAGAUAUGAUAUGUCACUUUUAUCAAGAUAUACAUUACACAUUAAGUGAAAUACUACGAAACUUUUUUUUUAAUAAUCUAAUUAUUGCGAUUUACAGCUCAUGGAUUUCAAAAAUCCAGAAUCUCUGAAUAAAGAAUUUGUAAUACAGAAAUGCCUACCUGAGAUGAGCUCCAAGUCAAAACGCUGGCCUUCCCUUAUCAGUUUGGGCAGGGCAAUGGGCUUUUCCAUUAUAUAUAUAUAUACAUACAUUUUUUUAGAUGCAUCUGUAUAUAAAAUAUGAUAUAAAAGUAUAUAACAAUCAAUAUGCUGUAUUACUAAAAUGUUCUUGUUGAGGUCUGCUGUCAGCACAAAGCACUUUCAAGAGUGGAGACUGACAUUGUAUUUUUUUUUCUCUUCCAGUCUGGCUGAAUGUGGCUCACAUAUCCAGAGUUGUUGAUAGGUUUAGUGUUCCACAGUACACAGGUUUCUUGUUUACUUUGUUAGUUUGCUUGCCUGAAGCUCAAAAUGUGAAACAGAUUGAAACCAGACAUGUAUUUAUAAUACUUGUACUGUUGAUUGUCAAGCUCCAUCACUUUUUUCAGUCCAGAAAUAAACAUGUGCAGUAGACCUCAGACCUUGUAAUGUCUACACAAACUA